AUGGAGUCGUUUAUAGUGGCACCAGGUGACGACUGUCACAGUGUCCUGACACCCUGUGCUGACACCCCUGUGGUGACACCGUUUCCUGACACCCCUGUGGUGACACCGUCUCCUGACACCCCUGUGGUGACACCGUCUCCUGACACCCCUGUGGUGACACCGUCUCCUGACACCCCUGUGGUGACACCGUCUCCUGACACCCCUGUGGUGACACCGUCUCCUGACACCCCUGUGGUGACACCGUCUCCUGACACCCCUGUGGUGACACCGUCUCCUGACACCCCUGUGGUGACACCAUCUCCUGACACCCCUGUGGUGACACCGUCUCCUGACACCCCUGUGGUGACACCGUCUCCUGACACCCCUGUGGUGACACCGCCUCCUGACACCCCUGUGGUGACACCGCCUCCUGACACCCCUGUGGUGACACCGCCUCCUGACACCCCUGUGGUGACACCGUCUCCUGACACCCCUGUGGUGACACCGUCUCCUGACACCCCUGUGGUGACACCGUCUCCUGACACCCCUGUGGUGACACCGUCUCCUGACACCCCUGUGGUGACACCGUCUCCUGACACCCCUGUGGUGACACCGUCUCCUGACACCCCUGUGGUGACACCGUCUCCUGACACCCCUGUGGUGACACCGUCUCCUGACACCCCUGUGGUGACACCGCCUCCUGACACCCCUGUGGUGACACCGUCUCCUGACACCCCUGUGGUGACACCGUCUCCUGACACCCCUGUGGUGACACCGUCUCCUGACACCCCUGUGGUGACACCGUCUCCUGACACCCCUGUGGUGACACCGUCUACUGACACCCCUGUGGUGACACCGUCUCCUGACACCCCUGUGGUGACACCGUCUCCUGACACCCCUGUGGUGACACCGUCUCCUGACACCCCUGUGGUGACACCGUCUCCUGACACCCCUGUGGUGACACCGUCUCCUGACACCCCUGUGGUGACACCAUCUCCUGACACCCCUGUGGUGACACCGUCUCCUGACACCCCUGUGGUGACACCGUCUCCUGACACCCCUGUGGUGACACCGUCUCCUGACACCCCUGUGGUGACACCGUCUCCUGACACCCCUGUGGUGACACCGUCUCCUGACACCCCUGUGGUGACACCGUCUCCUGACACCCCUGUGGUGACACCGUCUCCUGACACCCCUGUGGUGACACCGUCUCCUGACACCCCUGUGGUGACACCAUCUCCUGACACCCCUGUGGUGACACCGUCUCCUGACACCCCUGUGGUGACACCGUCUCCUGACACCCCUGUGGUGACACAGUCUCCUGACACCCCUGUGGUGACACCGUCUCCUGACACCCCUGUGGUGACACCGCCUCCUGACACCCCUGUGGUGACACCGUCUCCUGACACCCCUGUGGUGACACCAUCUCCUGACACCCCUGUGGUGACACCAUCUCCUGACACCCCUGUGGUGACACCGUCUCCUGACACCCCUGUGGUGACACCGUCUCCUGACACCCCUGUGGUGACACCGUGGACCCCAUGCCAACGUCUCAAUAACCCGGUGUUUGUCCUACACCCAUCACUUACCUACGUAGAGGUCACCUCUCCAACCAAUUGA